CUCAUCCACAGAGCAGAGCCACACUUUUCUGCUCAUUUUCUUCCUGUCAUUCUCUCUCAAUCUUCCACAGAGCCCUAAUUUCAAUCCGACACCGCUCUGCAUCCGUUCGCGCAUCGGCGGGGCGCACUUCGGUGGAUUUCUUCUUCUUUGCGUUACUUUUACGUACCGGCUCUCGUUUCAAACUGAACUUAUUUUAUAGGCGAAGAACACCAUGGCCGUACCGGCUGCUCUGAUCCCCCCGUCUCUGGUCCAGCCGUGUCCGAUCUCAGCAACUUCUUCAUCAUCUUCAUCAGCAUCCUCAUCAUCCUCCUCCGCGACCGCAGCAUCAUCAUGCUCGCCCUCGGCCACUUCUGCGUCUCCCUCGCAGUCGGCGACCCAGAAUCUGUUUCGCUCGGAUCUGCUCAACGCCAACAGCAGCAUCCCUCUGCCGGGGAAGCCCGUGUACUCUACCCCGUCCCCUGUUGAAAACACUCCGCAAAAUAAUGAGUGUCGGAUGGUGGAGCUCAGGGGUGCCAAGGUGGCCUCGUUCACAGUGGACGGACACGAGCUCAUCUGUCUGCCCCAGGCGUUUGACCUGUUUCUCAAACACCUGGUCGGAGGACUGCACACCGUCUACACCAAACUCAAGCGGCUCGAGAUCACGCCGGUGGUGUGUAACGUGGAGCAGGUCCGCAUCCUGCGGGGACUGGGAGCCAUCCAGCCCGGGGUUAACCGCUGCAAACUCAUCUCCAGAAAAGACUUUGAGACCCUCUACAACGAUUGCACUAAUGCCAGCUCAAGACCCGGGAGGCCUCCCAAACGGACCCAGAGUGUGACAUCGCCGGAGAACCCUCACAUCAUGCCGCACUCCGUGCCGGGCCUCAUGUCGCCAGGAAUCAUUCCACCUACAGUGACUCGACACUCCUGGUUUGCUGCUGCAGGCCUCACAGCUGCCGCUGCGGCAGCUGCAGCCGCCACCAACGCCGCCAUUGCAGAGGCCAUGAAGGUGAAGAAGAUCAAACUUGAGGUGAUGAGCAGCUAUCAUGGCACCAACACCCAGCAUGGAAUUGACUCGGAGAAUGGUGAUCUCAGCUCCAGUGUCGGCCUAGAACUGCCGUUUAUGAUGAUGCCCCACCCCCUGAUCCCUGUCAGCCUGCCUCCCGCAUCCGUCACCAUGGCGAUGAGUCAGAUGAACCACCUCAGCACCAUCGCCAAUAUGGCCGCCGCAGCACAGGGACAGAGUGCCCCAUCCAGAAUGGUGACAUCAGUGAUUAAGGAACGGGUACCCGACAGUCCCUCCCCUGCCCCCUCUCUGGAAGACGGCAGGAGGCCGGGGAGCCGUCCCUCAUCCCAGCGCAGCAGCAGCGUCUCCAGCUCUCCCGCGCACACGGAGAGCUCCUCCGACAGAAUGCCUGUGCAUCAGAAUGGACUGUCAAUGAAUCACGCAUUACUGGGCCUGUCUCCCAACAUCUUACCUGGACCCAAGGAGGGUGACCUGGCAACUCAUGAAAUUGGUCAUGAGGCCAAAAGAAUGCAUCUGGAGAAAGAAGAAACCCCAAUGUGCACGCCGACAGCGAGAGACAGCUAUGAGAGGUUGUCGCUGGCAGGUCAGGCUUUACCUCCAGGCUUUCCGUCACCUUUUCUCUUUCCUGAUGGACUGUCAUCGAUAGAGACCCUACUGACCAACAUUCAGGGUCUGCUGAAGGUGGCGAUUGAUAACGCUCGCGCUCAGGAGAAACAAGUGCAGCUGGAGAAGACAGAGCUGAAGAUGGAGCUGUUUAGAGAGAGGGAGCUCAGAGAGACCCUGGAGAAACAGCUGGCUGUCGAGCAGAAGAACAGAGCAAUCAUUCAGAAGCGACUGAAGAAGGAAAAGAAAGCGAAGAGGAAAUUGCAGGAAGCGUUGGAGUACGAGUCAAAGCGACGAGAGCAGGCCGAGCAAUCUUUGAAACAAACGUCACCAACAGAAAGUCUCAGAUCGCUCAACGACUCGUUGACCCAGGAGAUAGAGACUGACCGCAGCAGUGGCAGAACAGAUGCUGAGAGGACAAUACAAGAUGGAAGACUUUUUCUGAAAACCACAGUGAUGUACUGAUGACGUAGCGUCGAGGAUAUGUUGUAUGAAGGUUCUCCAGAUUCACCUCGCAGGGUAAUUUAGUUACAGAAACAGGUCAAUCGCUCAUAGAGGUCCAUCAGAGGGGUUUGCUGGGCCUGGUGCGGAAGACGGAUUGUGUCGGAAUGUAGUAUUAGGACUCUUAUUUUCACUGAAUAAACGUUUCAUUAUGCCAGUUGUGGGAUUGGACAUCAUGAGUUGGCUGUUUCAAAGGUGACAAUUUGAGCACAGUAAAAUGUACCAUUUGGUACACUUGGUGAUAAUAUUUACAACAAAUUCACAGCACUGAAGAUUUUUAUACUGUAUUUAAACCAGCGAGAAAGCUUCGAAAAAUAAAUCUGAUUCAGAGGUUUUGUUUUGUAUUAAAAAAAGAAGAAUAAAAAACACAAAUCCCUAAUGUCACAAUUAUUUGCCAAGAUGUUAAAAAUUCAAACUUGGAGAGCCUCUGAAAAAUGUGAAUUUGAAUAUAUGUUGAUCAACAGAAAUGGCUAAUAUUUGCUUUUAAUGUUUUCUAAACUAGAAGAAAAAACAAUCAACUUUCAUCAUUAUUUCUAUCAUUAUUGUAUAUACAAGAACAGAAGAUAGGUUGACUCGCUCACUUUGGUAUUUGUAUAUAAUGUUUAAAGUUGGUAUUGUGUAUGCAGUAGAUCUAUUAGGAAAACAAUACCAACGUUUAUACUGUAUUGAAUUUAUAGAUUUGUUUUGUUUCUGAGCCAUCGUUCUUUCAAUUCGCUGCCACUAUGGUGAGGAAGCAUGCAGGCAUGUAAAUGUGUUGUCCUGAAUUCAUGUUAUUCAAUAAAUACUUAACUGUGCUGAAAAACGAUGUACUUAGGGUUUAUUCACUUACACCCAGUAAAAGCUGAUAAACACUACUAUCUUAACAGCUACAUUUGCAGUUUAAACCACAUAUUGAUUGAUUUCAGCUUAAUUUAAAAAAAAAAGUUGUAAAGAUUAUUACACUCAAUUCAGUGUGUUUUUCUCAGUGAUCGCCCCUCUUUAAAUAACAAGUGUUCGUUGUGUCAUAGUAAAUAGAUAUUUAACAAUCCAGUCAAUUGUUUCAAUGCAGGGUAACACAAUUUUCCAUCAAAAGUUACGGGGAAAAUAAUAACAGCCAAAUUUAACUUUAAAAGAUAAGAUGGAUAACUGGAAAAAUGUGCAUUUCAUGCUUACUCAGUUUGAAUUGGAUUAAAUAAAUGAUAGUAAUCCUAGUCCAUAUUUAUUUUUAACAUUUCUUGCAAAUUAAACAGCAAGAUUUUAAACACUUGUCAACAAUGAUGUACAUGAACUCUUCUCUUCAUAAGUGUGCUUGUAUAAAGGCUAAAAUGAAAUAAUUAUGGAGAUCCAAAACUGUCAGAUUUAAACAAUGAGUGAAACAAUUUGAGCUUUGUUUCAAUGAGUUCAAAAUUACACUGUGCCAAUUAUUAACAAUAUUGAAUACAUUAAAGCGGCUUUUAUUGUACCUAGUUGAUCAUAAUGAGUGUGAUGAUGAUGAUGAUGAUGAUGAUAAGGCACUUAAUGAAUAAUAAGGAUAUUUUAUUAGAUGGACGUAUCUAGUGUUACAGGGCAGCUAUUUAUACUCUAAUCAUAGACAUUAUUUUGUCACACAUUUGUCUCCGUGUAACAAUUCAAAUGUUUAUUGUGUUAAACGAAAGUAUCUUUUACCUCAUCAAUGAGGACUUGCCUUUUAGUUUCUUUUUAUGUGAAGUAAACACUGUAGCAAGAUUUAUGGACGUUGUUUCUUAUUUCUUUCUAUGGCAGUAAAGCAAACAUUAAUAUUGAAAUA